AUGUCACCCAUCGCACCAACAACAGCUUUUAUUAUUAGACAUGGAGAAAGAAUAGAGUAUAUUCAAAAAUUGCUUAAACUCGAUAAGCCAAUUAAUCAUCAAAGCUAUCUAGAUCAUGUCAACAAAACAUGGCAACCUGAUCCAAGAGAUGGUAUCUGGGACCCUCCCCUGUCAAGCAUUGGUCAUAAACAAGCAGAACAGACAGGCUCCCGACUGAUGGAUCUUCUUCUCGAUCGUGGCAUAAAACCUCAAAAAGCUCUAAUUGUCAUCUACACAUCCCCUUUCCUUCGUUGCGUCGAAACAGCAAUCGGAAUAGCAAGCGGAAUGGCCAAAUACAACAGCAAACUAGAACCAACAAGAGAAAAAGACGAUGUGAUUCUUAUGAAAGACAUCCUGAUGGACGCACAACCAGAUCACGGAUCUCUGCUCCGACCCAUCCUCCGUCUGGAUCUCGGGUUGGGCGAAUGGAUGUCGGACAAGUUCUUUCACGAAGUCUGCCCGGCACAGGCAAUGAUCAACCGUCGACAGGAGACCCUGGCCCGUCGUCAGGCCAUGACUUAUGCCGCAGCAGCACACCCUCACAGACUAUUCCCUAAAGGGACCCUGGAAACCCUUCCUCCUCUUGUCAUUGACUACGGUCACCACUCUCUCUGCACCGAAUUCAACUAUCCCGAAAGCUACCUAGAGAUGAUCGACCGGUUCGAGGAAAGCCAGAGACACUGUGUGGAGCGGGCUACAUUGGGCCUGCCCGUCAAACUAGAGCCUGAGACGGUUGUUGUGCCCGUGUUUGUGACUCAUGCAAUCGGUGUCAAUGCUCUCUUGGACAGCUUUCGAAAUCAACCCACUCGACCUGUUGAGACCGGAUACUGUGCAAUUGCAUGCGUUCAAUCAAAUCACAUCAACACCCAUGGUAACACAAAUGGGUUUCGGGCUACGAUGAAUAACGGAAGCCUUAUUAGCAGUAGUAUGAGCAGCAGCAGCAGCAGCUAUAGUAGCAGCAGUGGAAGUAGUGGCAGCGAUCAGAGUGAUGGGGAUCUAGACGAGGAUGAGCCGCAAUACGCUGAAAUAGCAAUGCCGACAAUAAUGUCAUUCAAAAACCGAUGGACUGUCAACAUGGCUGUGUCCAAUUCUCACCUUCAAGAUAUCUGUUAA